UUCCCAGCUCUCCUUCGCCUCCUCCUCUUCCUCCUGUAUGAGUCAGGCAUUUCCCGGGGAUUUGGAGCAGCCACGCGCGGCCCGGGCGCCCGGAGCUAUAGCAGCAGCAGCUGCCGCCGCCGCCGCCGCCGCGCCGGGAGCCCCAGCGCCGCGGCCGCCACCGCGGCGGGCACUCGCGUUCCGGGCGCGCACGGACCAUGGAGAGGGCGGCCCAAGGCGCAGACGGCGGCGGGGGCAGCAACAGCAGCAGCCGCAGCAGCAGCCGCGCCACCUCGGCUGGCUCCUCGCCGUCCUGCUCCCUGGCCGGCCGGGGGGUCUCCAGCCGGUCGGCGGUAGCCGGGCUCGGCGGCGGGGGCAGCCGCAGCAGCCCGGGCUCGGUGGCCGCUAGUCCGUCGGGAGGAGGCGGCCGCAGGAGGGAGCCGGCGCUCGAAGGCGUGCUCAGCAAAUACACCAACCUCCUCCAGGGCUGGCAGAACAGGUACUUUGUGUUGGACUUUGAGGCCGGCAUCCUGCAGUAUUUUGUGAAUGAGCAGAGCAAACACCAGAAGCCUCGGGGAGCCCUGUCUCUGUCUGGAGCCAUAGUGUCCCUGAGCGACGAAGCCCCCCACAUGCUGGUGGUGUAUUCCGCUAACGGAGAGAUGUAUAAACUGAGAGCUGCUGAUGCAAAGGAGAAACAGUUUUGGGUGACUCAGCUUCGAGCCUGUUCCAAAUACCACAUGGAAACGAGUUCUAAGACGACUCCAAGUUCCCGAAGCCGCAGCCUCACUUUGCUCCCCCACGGAACGCCCAAUCCUGCGUCUCCCUGUAGCCAGAGACACCUCGGCGCGGGGGCCCCCGGUGUUGUCACGGUCACGCAUCACAAGUCGCCUGCAGCCGCCCGAAGAGCCAAGAGUCAGUAUCCCGGCCAGCUUCACGAAGUCAGAGAGAUGAUGAACCAGGUGGAAGGACAGCAGAAGAACCUCGUGCACGCCAUCGAGUCUCUGCCCGGCUCUGGCCCCCUCACCGCCUUGGACCAGGAUCUGCUGCUCCUGAAAGCUACCUCCGCCGCUACCCUCAGCUGCCUGGGGGAGUGCCUCCACUUGCUACAGCAGAGUGUGCACCGGGCGGGCCAGCCCGGCCACAAGCCGGGGGCCUCAGAGAACAUCCUGGGAUGGCACGGGCCCGAGUCACAUUCCACGGAGCAGCUGAGAAAUGGGACGCUUGGCUCUUUGCCCGCGGCCAGCGCCAACGUAACCUGGGCGAUUUUACCAAACUCCGCCGAAGACGAGCAGAGCCCGCAGCCAGAGCCAGAGCCAAACUCGGGCCCUGAACUGGUUUUGUCCGAAGAUGAGGACAGUGACACUGAAGACAAAGAAGAGACAGAAUUGGGUGCCAUGGAGGAUCAGCGUAGUAUAAUUCUUCAUCUCAUUUCACAGCUCAAACUGGGAAUGGAUCUGACCAAGGUGGUGCUUCCCACGUUCAUCCUGGAGAAGCGAUCCUUGCUGGAGAUGUAUGCAGACUUCAUGGCGCACCCGGACCUGCUGCUGGCCAUCACUGCCGGAGCCACGCCAGAGGAGAGAGUCAUUUGCUUUGUGGAGUAUUACCUCACAGCCUUCCAUGAGGGCCGCAAGGGGGCCUUGGCCAAGAAGCCCUAUAACCCCAUCAUCGGUGAGACGUUUCACUGCUCCUGGGAAGUCCCCAAGGACAGGGUCCAGCCAAAGAGGACUGCUCCCCACUCUCCCGCUAGCCACGGACACCCGAUGGCCGAGGACCCUUCCAAAAGCUACAAACUCAGGUUCGUGGCUGAGCAGGUGUCCCAUCACCCGCCCAUCUCCUGCUUCUACUGUGAGUGCAAGGAGAAGAGACUGUGCGUCAACACUCACAUAUGGACCAAAAGCAAGUUCAUGGGCAUGUCCGUGGGGGUCUCCAUGAUAGGGGAAGGUGUGCUGAGGCUCCUGGAACACGGGGAGGAGUACGUGUUCACCCUGCCCAGUGCCUAUGCUCGGUCUAUUCUCACCAUCCCAUGGGUGGAGCUUGGAGGCAAAGUCAGCAUCAGCUGUGCCAAGACUGGGUACUCAGCGACAGUGAUAUUCCACACAAAGCCUUUUUACGGAGGGAAAGUCCACAGGGUCACAGCAGAAGUGAAGCACAACCCAACCAACACCAUUGUUUGUAAAGCCCACGGAGAAUGGAAUGGUACCCUAGAGUUCACUUACAACAACGGAGAAACCAGAGUCAUUGAUACGACCACACUGCCAGUGUACCCCAAGAAGAUCAGACCUCUGGAGAAGCAGGGGCCCAUGGAGUCCAGGAACCUCUGGCAGGAGGUGACCAGAUACCUGCGGCUGGGGGACAUUGAUGCUGCCACUGAGCAGAAGCGGCUCCUGGAGGAGAAGCAGCGGGUAGAGGAGCGGAAGCGGGAGAACCUGCACACACCAUGGCGGCCCAAGUAUUUUAUCCAGGAGGGUGACGGCUGGGUAUACUUCAAUCCUCUUUGGAAGGCACACUGAUGGGGCGGAGGUGCAGCUUUCAGAAAUAGCCCUGUUUUUUGUAGGAAUUAAAGUGGUUCAGUAUCAAGGUU